AUGAAGAUUGGUGCUGAAGCCUAUGGUAACGAGGAUGACGUUGAAUCCCUCGAGAUUGACGUUGACAAAAUUCUAAGUGAUGGCAACCCGACUGCAAGAGCCAACCGGAAACAUUCGUCAGCACAACAAAAGAUCUACAGUCGCUGGAACAAUUACAGCAGGAGAAGAAGCUCUAGCAUGGAAUUUGAAGGGAGUAAGAUUGCACCUAACCGCCCUCCGAACGAUUUAAUCAUUCAGUCACAUGGUCAAGAUGACGAGGAGAUCAGCAACAUUAUGACGGCUGACAUGUUCUAUGAUGAAGUUGGCGAAGGAAAGGCAACACGUCCCGCCGCCGAGAAGCACUUGCAUAACGACGGUGAUGGGCAUAGUACCGAUGGAACUGCGGAAUCGAAUGAGGAAGUUCCACGUGACAGCUCACGCGACAUCAAUCACAAGCGAAUGAGCGAGGAGCGUUUACCAAAGUACUCCAAAUGUGCCCUCGUUAUUGCCGUUCUCCUCCUGCUGUUAAUUUGUUUCCUUGGCUUUAUAUUUGACAAGCUUGUGGAGAGCGGCCGUGAUUCAUCUCUCAACGAUCGCAGCAUGGAGGCAGGAUGGGAACUCCGACCAACUCUCCCCCCAGUGACCUGGCAAGGCACUACUGGAAAUCCAACUCCAAGACCAACAUCCCAAGCUCGAGACACCCGUCCUCCGACCAAAGUACCCACUGAGCAACCAAGUACUAGUCCUUCCAAGGUUCCUACCGUGACAGAGUCUGGUCACUUGCUGGAGUUGUUAUCUUCGACGGCUACUGCUGACAAGACGAUUGAAGCUGUUGGUGUCAGAGGAAGCCCUCAGCAAAAGGCUCACGAAUGGUUGCACAAAGAUCCGUCCUAUUUCGAUUACACCACUACAAGCAAACUACAGCGUUUCGCAUUGGCAGUCCUGUAUUUCUCGACCGUGAGAUCUGCGUCCGCCUAUGCAGCCCUCGAAACAUGGAUGGACUAUGAUACUCAUGAAUGCUCUUGGUUCACCUCGUGGUAUGAGAAUCGAUUGCCAUGUGGAACCGACGGAAUCUUCAAGUUCUUGUCGCUUCGAAACAUUGGUUUGACCGGUACAGUUCCAUCCGAAUUGGCUCUGUUGUCUAAUCUUAGAGCCCUGGUGAUGAAUGACAACAUUUUGUCUGGAAGCUUACCAGAAGAAUUCGGAGAGUGGAGUUCACUAGAAACAUUGGACCUUCAUGGCAACUUUCUGAGUGGAAGACUCCCAGAUAACGUCCCAAUCCUACGAAAGAUUGAUCUGAGUCUAAAUCUUCUCGCCGGUCCCUUGCCUCCGAUGGAUUUGACGCAGAUCACAUCAAUGGAUCUGACUCAGAACCCUAACCUUUUCGGAGUCAUACCGUUCGAUCUGUGCUCACUCUCGGAUCAAAUCCUGGAUUUGGCAGUCGAUUGCAACCAAGUCUACUGUUCGUGUUGUACGCGAUGUGAUUCAGAUCGCACGAGAGCACCAGCCUUCAUGGGACCCACAGCGACACCAUCUGUGCCGCCGACCCAACUACCAUCCACCAAGCCAACUUCAGUACCAACCAAGACACCAACCAAGGCACCAACUCCAGUGCCAACCAAGACACCUACCAAGUCGCCGACAUCUAUGCCUACCUUGACACCCACAAGAGCAGUCCCCACACCGCAACCCACUCCGGAUCCCUUUUGCAUUGAUACUAUCCAGACGUCCAAACAGUGCUACAUGGUGGGAGAACCAAUUGAUGUGAUAUAUGCGAAUUGCAACCCUACCACGACCGAUUGGAUUGGAAUCUAUGACAUGACAUACCCUGAAGAUGCCUUGUUUGAUCCACUGUUGUCACAACGAACUUGUAUCAAUGAACCUUGUUCUGGUGUACAACAGAUUUCGAACAUUGUGUUGGAUGAAAGUUCAAGGGGAUCUUUCAACUGGCCACUAGCGAGUGGAAAAUACAAGGUGUAUAUGUUUCGUGGAGGAUCGGCUGUUGGGCCACAUGCAUUCUUCUCGCAAAGCCUUGCCAUCACAGUGGAUAGUCAAUCUUGUUGGUGA